AUGGACACAGGAUCUUUCUCGAAGCAAUGUAUCAAACCGGAUCCUACUGAUCCUCAUAAUGGGCAGAAGCAGAUUUACGUCCAGCUUGUCUUGUCUCUGGCCUUGGGCUUGUCAGCCUUCUUUGGCUUCUGCUUUCUUCGCCCAAGAUGGAAAAGUCUUUAUGCUGCGCGCAAGAAGCAAACCGAUGCAGCUGCAGAUCUGCCCGACCUUCCGGAUAGCUUCUUUGGAUGGAUGCCUGUGUUGUACAGGGUGACGGAGCAGGAAGUACUUGCUUCAGCCGGUCUUGAUGCCUAUGUUUUCCUUGCAUUCUUCAAGAUGUCGAUAAAGCUCUUCGCAACCAUCUUUGUUUUUGUAUGCGUUGUACUGGCGCCGAUCAACUAUCACUACGACUACCUACCUACGCCAGGCAAUCCCGAAGACCCAAACAGACCAUCACCAUCUUUAUUUGCGAUGUUAUCGACCGAUAUUUGGAGCUACGAUCAGAAUACCAUGGCGAAGGGAAAAGAUGGAAAGAAUCCAAUAGACACAACUUACUUGUGGGCGUACUUGAUGUUCACCUACUUUUUCACGGCUCUUGUUAUAUUCUUUAUGGCCACAGAAACUCGGAAGAUAAUACAGAUACGACAAGAUUAUCUUGGGAGCCAGUCCACCAUUACAGACCGAACUAUCAAGCUAUCAGGAAUUCCCGUUGAAUUGCGAUCGGAGAAUGACAUAAAAGAGUUCUUGGAGAAGCUUGAGAUUGGAAAGGUCGAGAGUGUGACUCUCUGCAGGGACUGGAAAAAGCUGGACAAUUUGGUAGAAGAACGGGCUAAUACACUUCGAAGGCUGGAAGAGGCCUGGGCGGUGCAUCAAGGCCGGAGCAGGACCAAAACCAUUCGAGCACCAGUACCAUUAGGCUCAGAUGCAGCCAACGACGAUGACGACGCUGACCACAACGAGGAUGAUAAUCUCAUGGGAGCUAGUCACGUCACCCCUUACGAAAAGCCACGCCCAACUACUAGGAUUUGGUAUGGAUUCUUGAACCUGCAGAGUCGAAAGAUUGACGCCAUCGAUUACCAUGAGGAGCAGCUGCGCAAGCUGGAUGACCAGAUUGCUGCCGCAAGAAAGAAAGAAUACAAGCCUACUCCCCUUGCCUUUGUUACCAUGGACUCGAUACCAGCUUGUCAAAUGGCGGUACAAGCUCUUUUAGACCCCUCACCUAUGCAGCUUUUGGCCAAAUUAGCUCCUGCACCGACAGAUGUUGUCUGGCGAAACACCUACUUGCCACGCUCAAGCCGAAUGAUGCGGUCCUGGACCAUCACAGCUUUCAUUAUUGUGCUUACGAUUUUCUGGCUUAUCCCGGUAGUUGCUCUUGCCGGCCUAGUAGAUAUUUGCUCCAUUCGACAAGUCUUGCCACAAUUUGCGGAAUUACUUGAGAACCAUGAUAUCAUCAAGGCCUUGGUUCAAACAGGUCUGCCAACUCUGGUCGUUUCACUGUUGAAUGUUGCAGUUCCGUUCUUGUAUGAUUAUCUGGCAAAUUACCAAGGAAUGAUAUCCCAGGGCGAUGUUGAGCUGUCCGUCAUAUCGAAGAACUUCUUUUUCACCUUCUUCAACGUUUUCUUGGUCUUCACAGCAUUCGGAACUGCUAGCAAAUUCUGGCCGGUGCUUCAGGAGUCACUGAAAGACACGACAAAAAUUGCAUACAAGUUGGCCAGCUCAGUACAAGCCUUUGCUAUAUUCUAUGUAAACUUCAUCCUUCUUCAGGGUGUGGGCCUUCUGCCCUUCAGACUGUUGGAAUUCGGGAGCGUCGCUCUCUACCCAAUUAUGCGGAUGGGAUCAAAGACACCAAGAGACUUUGCGGAGCUGGUCGAGCCGCCGUUGUUCAAAUAUGGCUUCUAUCUCCCUUCCGCAAUCCUGAUAUACAUUCUCUGCCUUGUUUACAGUAUCUUGCCUCCUGGAUAUAUGGUUUUAUUUUUCGGCCUUAUCUAUUUCGUCCUUGGAUACUACACGUACAAGUACCAACUUCUGUACGCGAUGGACCACCCUCAACACGCAACUGGUGGGGCUUGGCCAAUGAUUUGCUAUCGAAUCAUGCUUGGACUCGGGGUUUUCCAAGUAGUAAUGGCUGGAAUCAUUGCUUUGAAGUCUGCUUUGACCGCGGCCGCUCUGGUUGUUCCAUUGAUUCCAUUCACAAUUUGGUACAGCUACUAUUUCGGUCGCACUUACGAGCCUUUGAUGAAGUUCAUCGCACUCAGAUCCAUUCGAAGGGAUAGCAGUGCAGAAAUCAACAUCGCAGGCGAGAAUAUCGGGAUCAAUCGCCCACCAGGAUUUGCUCGACGAGCGAGCACAACCCUCGACGAGGCGAGAGAAGAGGGGUUGAAGUUCGUUAAUCCAAGUCUCGUUGGACCGUUGGCGAAGUUGUGGAUUCACAAUGAAUCGCCUCCGAACCAGCAAAAUGGAGAUGCUUCUGAGGCUGAAAUUACCAGAGAAGAUAGUGCAACAAGUUCCGUGAGUCUUGGAGAUACACACAUCUGGCGAGAUAAUGGAGACGCAAAUGUAUAA